GCUAGCGCAAUAUAUCCUUUAAGUUCGGACACAAACCAAACCGGUUAUCUUCGGGGAUGGACUUUAGAGAGCCAAAGAACUCGCAGAGAGAGCAGAGAGAGCUUUUGCGGAAUCAACAACUUAACGCGCGCACUCGCAUCGGCGACACAAUGGCAAGGAUUACGAUGUGAAGGUGCUGGCAGACCACUCGGAGAACACAAUUGAGUACAGGACACAAACGCGAACGCACACGCUUCGAUUGUGGGCGCUGCCACCGGAAAUCCAAAGUUGAACCAGUGCCUGACCGAAAAGAAUUACAAAAUAAUUGCUGAAACCGAUGAUUUUCCGGAUUCAACUUGCCAACUACUAGCCAACAGAUGACGCACAGAAGCAAAAUUCAAUUGAAACUAAAUCAAUACUGAAAAUCAACAAAUGAAAGUAUCAAAAACCCGUGCAUAAAACCCGCGUAAAGCCAAACUGCAACCAACGAAAAAAAAGCGAGCUAAAAGCGAUAGAAAAUCAACAACAAAUUCUGGAAUUAAUUUCAUUUGCCGCGCGCGUCCAUAAAAAUCUACAUAGAAAGCGGCACAAAAUAAAUACACCAGCCAGCGACGAAAGUGAAUUGGUUAGCCAUGGAGAAGGCGUAACUGCCAUCUGCUGACCCAGGACCCAUAACUUUAGAUGAGCGCGCCACUGUGCCACAAUUUCGGUUUACACCUGUCGAAGCUGCCACGCCCACGAGCAACUUUUUCUACCACCAAGCCAACAACAGCAGCAGCAACAACUGGAGGCGCCACAAGCAUAGGAAGAAGCAAAAGAGCAACAACAUCAGUGAUAUGGAACAGUGCAUAGCAACAAAGUCAAAAACUGAAUCCGCUCAGAGUUCAAUGCAGCCAAGCAGCCAAUGCAGCAGCAACUACCGAAACUAUCAAAAGAAAUGCCACCAAAAUCAAACAAACACUCAAGUACAGAGCACUCAGCAGAGCGAUUGCAGCAGCCACAGAGAUCGAGACCACUUGACAAACAAACAAAACCAACAAAACCAACAAAACCAACGAACAAAUAGUGCAACAGCAACAGUAGCAGCAGCAGCUGCAGCUGCAACAUCAUCAAAUUGCACUACGUGCAACACAAGCACUAAACGCAGUAAAAACAUCAGGGAGCCGAGCAGCAGCACACAAUUAAACACCCUCUACGCGGUGCUGGUGCUUUUCAUAGUCGGCCUUGCCGCAGCCACCGCCUCCCCCAGCCCCGCCCCCUUUUCCCGCGAGAGCAGGCGCGAUGCUCUUUUGGCCUACUACAAAAGGGCGCACCUGCCACAGACUGUUAGCAGCAGCAGCAUUUCCCUGGGGCACGAGGAGUACCAGAGCCAGCACAAGUAUCAGUAUCACCUGCUCCACGAUGCCAAUGGCCUUGACUUUGACGAGCUAACACCCACCGCCAGCAGCGUGUCCGCUCUCAGUCGGGCGGAGCGUUUUCGAUUGCGUAAGCGCAGUGCCACGCCCACAACGCCCGCCACGACGACAGCCACUCCACUGGAUGUUGCAACUGCAGCAGCCGCAACAGCAGCAGCAAAGGAUGCGGGCAGCGGGAAGAAGCCGGAGGAGAAGUGCGAGCCAAAAGUGCUCGAAACGCUGCCAGAUGAGCCGUUUUACGACUACACCGACAUCGCCGAGGAUGCCGCACGCCAGUUUAUUGAAUUUUUAUCGGGCAAAUUCCCAAAUGCCAACACACCGAUUACCAUCGAUGAGGCGACACGUGCGGAGGUGAGUCGCCGGGCCAAUGGAAUCGCCAGCUACGCCCUCAACGAGGACGACAAUCUCUUGGCCUUCGCCAUUGCCGCGCCCAGCAUUCACACGGUGGUCGUUAAAUUCAGGGAUAACGUUACGAUACCACCGGAUCAGGUGCACAAUAAGGCGUACUUGGGUUCCUACUGGCGCGAGUUGGGUGCGGCCUGGAACAGCACGGACGGCACCCAGGAGUGGGGCGCUCCAUUCCGCGACUGCAACCUGUUGACGCGUCGCUGGCUUUGGCCAUUUCGCAUAUCCUUCAGCGAGCACAGGAUCAAAGUUGUGGCGGCUGCUUUCAUUGCCGCCGAUGAGGAUGUGUGCAACGAUGGCCUGGAGGAAGUUUUCGGUCGCCGCCACGGUUGCGAUCGGAAUACGACCUUCUGCCUGCUCACCGAAAACAAACCCGCCGCCACGCGUGAUGUGUACACCUGUCUCUGCCGGGAAUCCUACUAUCUGCCCAAUUCCACGCUGCAGGGAUUCCGUGGCGAUCGGGUGGAGCUGUCCGAGGGCUACGACAACUACUCGUGCAUUCCGUGUCCCGGCGGAUGCACCAAUUGCGAUAGCAACGGCGUCUGUUUGACCUUCCAGGAGGAGGAGGUGCUCAACGUGGACGCCUGCCUGCGCCUCCUGGUGGCCAUCGUCCUGGGCGCCUGCAUCCUGUGCUGCAUCGUCCUCGGCGUGAUUGUCUUCCGGCAGAGAAAGUGCAAGGCCAUUGCGUCUGGCAUGUGGACUGUGCUGGAGACGAUACUGCUGGGCAUUGUUUUACUUUAUGCAUCUGUUGCCGUCCAUUUCUUUCCCGCAUCCACCGAGCGCUGCCUUCUGGAGCCCUGGCUCCGGGAGCUGGGCUUCAUCACCUGCUACGGUGCCAUCAUCCUGAAGUUGUACCGUCACCUAGUGGACUUCCGCACCCGCAAGGCGCAUCGCUGGGUGCUGCGGGACGUGGACCUGCUCAAGUAUCUGGGCACCAUGGUCUUCGCCGUCAUCUGCUACAUGGCCGCGUUCACUGCCUCGUCGCUGGACCUCCUCGAAAGUGCGCAGCUGGAGAGCCUCAGGGAGGCGGACACGAACACCUGCCAUCCGCUCAAGUGGGAGCUGGUCACGCAGACCAGCGAGAUGCUCAUCCUGUGCUUUGGCCUCCACCUGGCCAUCGCCAGUCGGAAUGCCAACACGCAGUUCCGGGAACGACAAUUCCUGGUGACCGCCCUGACGCUGGAGUUCCUAGUCUCGUCGAGCUUCUACUUUCUGCGCUUUGUCUACCUGCCGGAAAUGAGUCCCAGUGCCAUCCUGCUGGCCCUGUUCAUCCGCUCCCAGCUGACGAAUAGUUUCGCCUUGGGUCUGAUAUUUGUGCCAAAGUUGUGGUAUCAGCACAAGCAGGUUCGUUCGCUAGCGUAUGAUCUAUCAAUACGUUUACCUGUGGAUGCUUUCAAGGGUACGUCACACGAUGCCGGCCAGCGGCUGGGCGGAGGAUAUGCCGGGCUCUGUCUGGGCGAUCCGGACAUCGGGGAGCUGACCAUAUCCGAAAUGAGCCCCGAGGACAUACGCGCCGAACUCAAAAGACUGUACACCCAACUGGAGAUAAUGAAGAACAAGACUCUGAGGCAGGACAAUCCGCACAUCAGUAAGCGACGUGGCGGACGCAAGGCGGGUCACCGUCGCUUCUCCCUGCAGAAAAAGGGCAGCAAGGAUAAGGCUCUAAGUGCCAAACACCGCAGCAACAAGCAUCAUCAGGACAUCGAGAUCACCGAGGCGGAACCUUCCAGGACGCCCGAGGAUUCGGUUUGCAGUGCCGAAGGACCCACGGACACCUAUGCGGAAAUUUCCGGCGUAUCUCACUCAAUGCUCUCCCACUCAAUGGUCUCCCACUCCGUUGUCUCGCACUCGAAGUAAGGAGUCCUUGCCAAGGAGAUCACAUCGCAGGUUUAUGCGGAUAUUUGAGAAUUGUAUAUAAGUAUUAAACGGUAUGAUACUUGUUGGUAUGUGUAGAUAAUAUGUGAGAAAUAGUUAUUAUAGCGCAACAACACAAACAAUAAAAGAAUUACUUUAAUUUCGCAAAGAAAGAAAAACCAACAGGAAAAUGAUAGAAGAGAUGCAAAACACACAAAACACAAACAAUAACAAACAUUACUUUAUUUUUCAAUGAAACGUAAAGUAAAGAACCUUGAAAGCAGUCAAGUUUUAUAAUGUUUUGAUAAAUUUUUAGACGAUUUUACUUUCAUUUACGUUGAUUUCUCUCAGUCUUGAGUUCGAUCGAUUUCGAUGAUAGGAUCACUGAUAGAUCAAAGUUGUUCAAGCGGUAGAGCGGUAAAACAGAGCCCACCUGUGUAGGUAAAACGAUAGAACUGUAAAAACAAGGCCACAUACACUAAGAAAAAAAACACCCAAUCCUAGAACACGCGUUUUUGUUUACCUCUAAGUUCCUCGACAGUUACUAACACUCGGUUCCUCCAGCCAUUUGCUUUCAAGUCAACCCCACACUAUCCACUAGAGAUCUUGAGAUCGUUUUCAAUCAGCGAAUAAUCAGUUGUAAAUUUGAGCUUAUAGGCAUUAAAACUAGCGAUUCCCCCAUAACUAUCGUACGUCUUACGUCUUGCUAAUCUUACCAACUAAAGUGUAUUUGUAUUAUAUAUUAUGUACUUGUAAUUUCCACUCAUUCCCAUCCAAAAUCCGAACGGGCUAGACUUUCUGUAAAUACACAAUGUACGAGGACGAAAGAGCAAAUUGUUACAUUUUCAAAACACACACAGUUCCCGAACGAGAGUGAAAAUCAUAGGAAAAUGCUUAAUAGAGGCUAAAGUGCAUACAUUUUUUUUUUAAACAAGCCCAACAAACUGUGUCGCAAGUAUUAGUCACUACCAGCUGAUUUCCUCCGAAAUUUGUAGAUCCCAAAUCCAGAGCAUCUUGAAUUCGAUAUCCUCGAAGUAAAGAUCGUGUUAGAUCGUAUUGAAAAACACAAAGUGAAAACAUUUCAAAUGUACGCAAUAAAUUUUGGAUGAGCUCGUUAUAAAAAAAAAAAAAGAAGGGGGAAAACAAGUCCAUAGAAAACAUAUAGUACAGUUACAUGGGCAUUUGUAAGGGUUAUGAAAAGUAUAUCUAUAUACACUACCAAAAAAUAUAUAGAAAAUAAAACAUGGCAAAUGGUUAAAUUAGGUAAACUUACAGCAUGCAUGCAACAAAUUGAGCAUUUAAAACAAAAUGAUGGCAAAACCCAAAAUGAUAAUUAAUUAUAAAAAAAAAAGUAAAAAAAACCAACUUUUGGUUGCGUUUGAUCAAAAGUGUGUGUAUAAAAAAAAUAUUUAUGGCAUAUACAUAAACAUAUAACUAACUUAUAUUAUAUAUAAAUAUAUAUACAUAUAUAUGAGUGUAAUCAGCAUUACAAUAAAACAAAAACGAGAGAAAAACUAAAUUAGUGGCUCAGCGCAAAGAAAACUACAAAACAAAAAAAAAAACGAUUGGAAAAGAAACCGAAAACAUUUUGAAAGUGUGAUAGUGUUCAUAAUAUUCGUUCAUUGUAAUUAAAAUGGAAAACAAAACCUAAAUAAACUGGACUAAAUCAUCAAACGCUUUCUUUAUUUUUGGGACAGACCUAAUAAGGGGGUACUUAUCCACCUAAAUAAGAUAUAUAUUUGAAAAGAACCUGUGCGGUUUGUAUAUAUAAUCUUUCUACAUGGUUGGACUUUAUUUUGUAUAUAUAAUUCCUUUUUUUAUAUUUUUAAUUGAAAUAUUGCUCGAAUAUUUGCUAGGUUUUGUCACGUAAAUUUAGAUUGCAAGUACAUACAUUUAUAUUCGUAAUAUCUAUUUAUAAAUUUAAUAAUAAUAAAUUUUACAAUUUAUCUUCUAAUUACUCACUUGCUUAUGUUCGUGUUUCUGUGUGUCUGUUGUCUGGCUUCGUUUUUUUGGAUUCGUGGCUAAGAUCUAAUACUAAUAGUUAGUCGCUAUUUAGUACGUAUCGCAUUCAACAUGAUUCAUUCAUUGGUAAUCACUUACAGCUGAGUUAAUUGUUUUUUUUUGUCAGUGUUGCGGUUAGUUAGGCGCUUUUUUCUGGAUUUAGCUGUUUGCUUUUGAUCGUCAACUCAUCUCGGUUUAUUUAAAACUUAAAGAAUUACAAUAGUUUAGUACUUAGAAUUUAUUUUGGUUUUACAUGCGCUGCGCAUCGUUUGUUGCUGUGCUAUGUGCCAUUAGGUAGACAUUUUGUUUGAGUGUAUUAUGCAUUAAUAAUAGAUACAGGUUUAUAUAUUUGCAUACUUUAUAAUUAUAUAACACUAUGUUAUAAAAAUGUACAUGGUUUUGGUUUUGCUACAGUUUUAGUUUAAGUUUUAGUUGGUUUAGUACGUACAACUCCUGCAAGUAAUCAUUUGCUGGUUUAAAAAACGCAUUUAAGUAGUUGUAAAAAUGAUGAAUUCAUAUUUAUAUAUAUUACAAAAACAACUUUAAGCUUUCUUGUUAUCAAAAGUAUCAAUUAUGUAGAUCAUUAUGUUAAAUUUGUUUAAUCUUCUAGUUUGGCGCAUAAAGCUGUGUUGCGUUUAGCGUAGAUUUCUCAUUUCGAUUUGCCUUAAAUACUUUUUGUCUUGCGUUAAAAAAUGCAAAUUUUGUAAAAUUAAUUUCUUAGUUAUGUUUUUCGUUUUUUUUUAUCGCUUUAUACAAUCUCACUGUUUAGUUUAGUUUAGUUUAACAAACAAAAGCAGCGCUUUCAACUUAAAUAAUUUAAAAAAUAAACAAUGGUUAACAUUCAUCAAUAAAAACAAGCUAAAAUGAUUAGAUCAUUUAGUUAAUUAAAAGUAAAUAAAUUUUUAAAGCCAAAACAAACGAGAUCCUGCUCGAGUGCAAAAAAUAGGAAAAUGACUAAACUUCGUAUUGGUCCAUCGCCAUUUCCACUACGAGUUAAAAUUUUGAAAACGUUUUUUUAUGUAGAAUAAAUAAUUUUGUGUUGUUUUGAGUUCGAAUAAAAUAGAUGUAUAAUUUAUAAAAAUAAUUUAAGUUUUGCGCGUAGACAUGAGUUUACCUUUCUUUGUUUUGCUGCUUUCAGUAACAUUUACAAACAAUUUCAGGAAGUAGUAAAAAUAAUAUUGCCACAAAGUAUAUGAGUAAAAAUAUUUUCUCUCUCUUUAUAAAUAAUAGAUGUGUGUACGGUGUGUAGUGUGUUGUUUUGGGUGUACGGGUAUAGC